AUGAACAAUCAGCAGUUCAACUGCCCGUUUUGUAACCACGAAAAGUCCUGCGAAGUGAAAAUGGAUCGGGCUCGGAAUACGGCACGGAUACAAUGUCGAGUUUGUUUAGAAGACUUUCAGACGACAACAAACGUGUUAUCGGAGCCUAUAGACGUUUAUAACGAUUGGGUAGAUGCAUGCGAAAGCGCUAACUAGUUUUAUGACAUUGGUUACUUUAAGUUAUAAUAAUAAUCUCGCAAUGUUUAAGUCUGCUGUAGAAGCAUUUUCAAGCUUAAGUUCGUAAUUAUAUGUGAUAAUAUGUAUCAAUGUCUUAUUACUAUUAUUAACUAUUUACUGGUGAUAUUAUACCUUGUGACGAGCAACAUAUGAAGUAUUUUGUAAUGAUGUGUCAAAAACGAUAUGGAAAAUAAACACUGAAAGAACA